CUUCCCACAGCCGCUACCGCUGCCUCCGCUGCCGCCGCUCCGCUUGGCCCAGCCGCCAGGCCCAGUGCUCACUUCGCCAGACCAGGGCGCUCUGCGGAGACACCCUCAAUCCUUCCUGGGGUCCGGGACGCCUAGCCGGGCGUGGGGGGAAGCUCCACUUGCGGGGUACAGGGAGGGAGGAGCCUGGAACCGGAGCCAGCGCCAGCCGACCCCGGAUCGACAAGACAGGACAGGUUGAGGGGCGUCGGGGAAGGAAGAGGGGGUGCUAUAGGCAGUCCCGGGGAGGACAAGGAAGCCCUGUCGCAGAAAGCUCUGAUGCGCUCUGACUUACAGCGGGUCUGUUCACAUUUGGGGACCCGUGACAACGUGGGUGCACUCCUCUCUCGGGGGGCUGGUUGGAUUGGAGGGCGUGGGAUCUAAACAGCACCAGCUGUCCCCGAGGAAAUUAGGGGCUGCCAGAAAAAAAAAGCCAAAAACCUAUGCUCCUUAUUCCGAGGUGACACAGGGCCCUCCAGACAACCACCUGGUGUAACCACUAGGAAGGGCGGAUUUGGAGGUGACUUCAAAAGGAGUGGAUGGUAACAAGCGCGCUCCGGGAGCCUGCCGGUUUUGGGGUGUCUCCUCCCGGGGCGCCAUGGCGGCACUGGCCAGCAGCCUGAUCCGGCAGAAGCGGGAGGUCCACGAGCCCGGGGGCAGCCGGCCCGUGUCGGCGCAGCGGCGCGUGUGUCCCCGCGGCACCAAGUCCCUUUGCCAGAAGCAGCUCCUCAUCCUGCUGUCCAAGGUGCGACUGUGCGGGGGGCGGCCCGCGCGGCCGGACCGCUGCCCGGAGCCUCAGCUCAAAGGCAUCGUCACCAAACUGUUCUGCCGCCAGGGUUUCUACCUCCAGGCGAAUCCCGAUGGGAGCAUCCAGGGCACCCCAGAGGACACCAGCUCUUUCACCCACUUCAACCUGAUCCCUGUGGGGCUCCGUGUAGUCACCAUCCAGAGUGCCAAGCUGGGUCACUACGUGGCCAUGAACGCUGAGGGGCUGCUCUACAGCUCGCCACAUUUCACAGCUGAGUGUCGCUUUAAGGAGUGCGUCUUUGAGAAUUACUAUGUCCUGUACGCCUCUGCUCUCUAUCGCCAGCGUCGUUCUGGCCGGGCCUGGUACCUGGGCCUGGACAAGGAGGGCCGAGUCAUGAAGGGAAAUCGAGUCAAGAAGACCAAGGCAGCCGCCCACUUUGUGCCCAAGCUCCUGGAGGUGGCUGUGUACCGGGAGCCUUCUCUCCACAGUGUCCCUGAGACCUCCCCUUCCAGUCCCCCUGCCCCCUGCCGUGUAGUCCCUGGACUGGAGGCUCCCUGCUCUAGCCACCACCACAGCCUGUCUCCCAGCCCUGCUUCUGGCCCUGCUCUCACCCCUGCUGCCACACUCAUGCCCUGAGCAGCCAUGUCCCACCAGGUGCUCUACCCUGAGGGAGCCUAGGGGCCGGCCAUGACUUCUGGGGCUGCUGAGACCCUUAGAUCCUUGGGCCCGGGAAAGGGGUCAGAGAGGGGGAUGUCUGAAAAUGGUCCUGGCUGAUCACUUCUUUCCUUCCACACUCACACCCUCCAAAGCCUUUUCCCAAGAUGGUGCGGGGGGGUUCCAAAACUGACAAAACCAGGGCAUAAAUCUUCCCCACCCCGGGCUCAGCCAGUUCCUGGAGCCCUUUGCCCUUUUCAUGGCCACCAAGCCAUAGACUUAUAGGUCCACUGCAGCUCAGGAUUAGUUUCCUUCUUUCACUACUCCACCUUUUGCCUUGUUCCAGACAGGCUCUGGAACACCAGGCACCCCAGCCAGGGCCAUUUCUGCACCCAGGGUCUGUGCUGGAACACAGGCAUGCUGCCAGGCUCUGUUCUGGAUCCAUCAGGCUUCUGUCCUUCACCCAGAUGGACCCCUGGUUUCCAAUUAGAGAGAGGCUGGAUUUGGGCCCUGUCCAGCUGUUGGUCUUGGCCUGAAUUGGGCCAGUCUCAGAUCACCACAGGUUUAAUUUUCUUACCCCAGAGACACCCAGUUCUAGAGCGUGGUGUUCUAGACACAUACAGAGCCAUACUUCCUUCUGAAUCUCAGCUCUAGGACAUAGACCACGACUCUCAGCCCUUCCCUCUAGGAUGGAACUAGAGCCUAUAUAGGCAUGUUAUUGCUCUAGAGUAAGAGUUCUAGACCCACGCUUCCACCUUCUCUAGUGAUACCUGUUAAGCAGGAGCUCUGGAAAGGACCCAGCUAUGAUUCACAAAGAACUAAGUCCAGAACUUCUUGUUUUCCCUAGACAAUUUUCCAAAAAUCUUAUUCUUCCUAUAGAAUGCUAACCUUAUUUUUUACAUGCAGUUUCUAGCUCCUGCAACUCAGCUGGGGUCCUGCCAGGGAACAGAGGCUGAGGAAGGGCAGAGGAGUUUUGGAAGGAAUCCCUGGCUCAUAGAAGGGCAGCUAGGAUGGGAAAGUGGCCAGAACCAUGGCAUGACUGGACCUGUGCCUGG